AAACUAAAUUGAUAAGUAUUUGAAAAAUUCUUCAAUGGUGGUAGACAUGUUUCGGUUUUUAGUAUUUAUUAUAUUUUUAAUUAACGUUUUAGCUGAAGAUGUGAAGAUAGUUAGUUUAGACAUAGGCGAUUUGAGAGGGGAGAAGUACUGGCAAGGUGAUUUCUAUGAGUUCUAUGGAGUUCCAUACGCUACAGCUCCUACUGGGAGGGACAAGUUUAAGGCACCACUUCCAGUAAAGCCAUGGAAAGGUAUAAAAGACGCUAAGGAUCAGUAUAUAUCAUGUGAACAAAUCUACCUCCUGGAAGAUGACUCUGAUGAAGAAGUCAUCCUAGAUGGUGUAGAAGACUGUUUGACCAUGAACCUCUUCGUACCCAAAGUAGCCAGUCAAGAUAAUUUAGUACCAGUUCUAGUCUACAUUCACAGCGGAGCCUACUCUGGAGGCAAUGGAAACAUGGCCAAGUUCAACUUCCUAGCUCGCCAUGACAUCUUAGUAGUCAGUUUCAACUACAGACUUGGGUUUAAAGGAUUCGCCUGUUUAGGCACAGAAGAAAUACCAGGCAAUGCAGCACUAAAAGAUCAACUAGCUGCUUUGAAAUUCAUUAACAAAUACAUUAGUAAAUUUGGCGGAGAUCCCAAAAAAGUAACGCUCGCUGGAUUCAGUGUAGGAGCAAGUAUGGCAGAAAUACUAGCACUGUCCAAAUCAACGAACGGUUUGAUUGACAAACUAAUACUGGAAAGUGGUUCGGCGUUAUCCCCCUUCGCAGUAAACAGGGACCCGAUCAAUACAGCCAAGAAUUUAGCAAUAUCUAUCGGUUAUAACAACACAGAGAAAAUUGAGGAUUUGAACGAAUUCUUAUUAAACGCACCGAUCAAAGAUUUGGCUGUUAAAAGCAAGAAUUUCUACUUAACAAACUCGACGUUUGGUUUGGCACCAUGCAUUGAGAAUGUUAUUGGAAACACUGAACCCAUACUCACCGAGUCGCCUUUGAUUAUUUUUCAUAAAGGAGAUUAUGAGAAAAUACCAGUGUUGACCGGAUUCUCUAAUAUGGAGGGUAUAAGCAGAACGAUUAAAUUUGAUGAAUGGAGCGAUUUAAUGAAUGAGAAAUUUGCGGAUUUUCUUCCAGCUGAUUUGGCUUUUGAUAACGAUAAAUCAAGGGAUGAUUUUAUUGAUAAAAUAAAGAAGUAUUACUUCAAAGACGAAGAGGUAACUCAUAAUACAGUACAAGGGUACAUAGACUACUUUUCUGACUCAAUGUUCAAGUACGGUAUAAUGAAGUCAGCGAAACUACACGCAAUGAAAUCUACAAGACCUGUCUUUUUGUACGAAUUCUCUUACGUUGGGAAGUUAAGCUUCAAGCACUAUUUUAUGGACAGAAUUACAGGUGCCAGUCAUAGAGAUCAGACCUCUUAUUUGUUGGACUUCUUUGAGUUUACUAAUGAAGCCAAAGAUAUGGAUACACGAGACCGAAUGACAGCCAUGUGGAGUGAUUUCGUUAAAUAUGAAAACCCAACAGCCUACGAAAGCUUACUUAUCGAAGAGAAAUGGCCGAAAUAUACAAAUGACAGAGAAGGCUACAUGGAAAUAGGAAGUGAUUUAAAAACCAAGAAAGAUUUGUUCGCAAAUGAAUUUAAACUUUGGGAUGAAGUGUAUGAAAAGUAUUACUGGCAUCCAACGCCUCUAGUCUCAAAGAAACCAGUUAAUAAAAAAUGAAAAAAA